AUAAUAUACAGAAAUGGAUUAUGAAUCAUUAAAAAAAAUUCUCAGUUCCAAUAAUACUUAUAAUGGAGUAAAAGAAUAUAUGGAAGCAGUUUAAUAGUAAAGAAUGUAACUUAAUUGAAUAAAAUAAGGGAUAUUAUCACGUUGUGUGCUGAUGUAAUAAUAAAUAUACUCACAGAUAAUUAAUAAGGAUCUCAUUAUUCAAAAUUCUUAUGUUUGAAAGUAUCUAUAAUUAUUAUUUUAGUUUAUAAAUGAAUUAUUUGAACUACAAGAAUAUGAAUGGAUUGAAAUGGCUUAGAAAAGAAUAUUGCCAAUUUUAGAAGAUUUUGCCAUGUUCAGAAAAGAGAGUUAAGAUGAUGAAAGAGGGAAAUAAUUAUUUCUACAGCAAUCUAUGAAAAAAUAUGAAUAAAUUAAAGAAUUGGAAUAAGUUGGAUAUAUUUUCCAUCGAUAUACAUUAGAGAGUAUAUGGGUUUGGAGUAAAUGGUUUCCUCUUGACACUGCUAUAGGGAAAUUGAGUUUGUAUAAAAUUGCCUAAGAAAGACUUUCAAUUAUGAAAGUUAAAUUUCCUUGUCUUUCUUACUUUACAAUAAAACAAGUCAUUAAUCAUUAGCAAAUCUAAAGGGUAACUAUAACUAUAAUGAAAUAAGCCACCUAAAGAAUUACUAUAAGAAUGCACUUUACUUAUUAAAGAACAUUUAUAGGAUGCAUUAAAAACAGACCUUUCUGCAUUUUAAAGUAGUCUAAUCAAAACUUAUUUUACUAAUACCAAUCAUAAUUUAUAAUCUAUUAAGACUUAUCCUUAAAUUUUUAAAAAUGCACUUGAUUUAAUCAAAUAAGGUAAAUUAGGAACAGAAAUUUAAAAUAAAAUUAAAUCAGCUUAAAUUAAUCAAAUGGGUAAAAAAUUAUUAUAAGCUACCAAAAAUUUAAAAUAAAGUAGAGGGGCUUUUUCUGAAUCGAUUUUUGGAUUUACUCAAAUAAUUGGAGAAAAAGAAAAAUUACUCUCAGAAAUAAGUGCUCAUAUUAUUGAAAAAGAUUAAUUAAAUAAUUAACUAUUUAAUUAAAAGCAAAAAAAUUAAGAAUUAAUAUAGGAAAUAGAAAGAUUAAAAUAAUCAAUCGCACAAUAAUAAAUUUUAAAUAAUUAAUAAUCUACAAAUUCAUUUUAUUAAUUAAAUAAUACUUAAAAUUAGGAAUUUUUAAAAGGAUAAGAUAAAUUAAUAUAAAAAAAAGAUUAAGAAAUAAAAAAAUUAAAAGAUUUAAAUUAAAAUUAUUAAGAAAUAAUAGAGUAAUUAAAAAAUAGUUUAGAUCUUGUAUAAAACAUGCAUUAUUAAAAUGAUAUAGAGAGAUUUGAAUUGUAAUAAAAAAAAAUAGAAUUAGAAUUAAAAUGUGAUGAAUUAUAAAGUUAAUUAUAGAUUGCUUAAAAAUAAAUAGAAAGGCAAACUGAAAAUAUUAAAUAAUUAUAAUAGAGCAUGAUAAAAUUGAAUUAAGAGUGUUUAAUUAAUUAUGAUAAAUAAUCUUCUUAAAUAUAAUAAUUAUUGAAUGAUUAUGCGGCAUUAGCAUAAAUUACAUAACAAUUAAAAGAUUAAAAUGAAUAGCAAAAAUUAGAGAUUGAAUUACAUAAAAAUGAAAAAGAAAAUUUAAAAUAAUAGAUAUUAAAAAUAACAAAACAACAUGAUCUAGGUCAAAUAUAAAAGCAAUGUAUAUAAUUUGAUUAAAUUAGAAAUGUCUAAAAUAAAAACAGAAAAGCCUGAUUCUAGUUUUUAUGGUCAAUCUUAAAUAAAUUAUGAUUAGUUUUAUUAGAAACAACAUUAUUAAGAUAACUUUUAGAUGGAAUUUAAAUAAAAAAAUAUAGAAGAAAUAAAUUAAAAGUAAUUUUGA